GCACAGGAACACCUUCGCCGGCACAAGGACCUGCCUGGAGCAGCGGGUGAAGCUGGAGUGCGAGCGGGAGCAGCAGGAGCGGCUGCUGCUGUCCGUCAUACCGGCGUAUAUUGCUGCUGAGGUCAAACGCUCCAUAAUGCUCAAGAUGGCCGACGCCUGUGCCGACAGCUCCAAACAAACCCGUUUCCACGAGAUGCACGUGCAGCGCCAUAAUAACGUCAGCAUUCUCUACGCUGACAUCGUCAACUUCACCCCACUGUCUGAAAGGCUCAGCGCUUCAGACCUGGUCAAGACCUUGAACGAGCUGUUUGGACGGUUCGACCAGAUUGCCCAGGAAAACCAGUGCAUGCGCAUCAAGAUCCUAGGCGACUGCUACUACUGCGUGUCGGGCCUGCCGGUGUCGCGGCCCAACCACGCCUACAACUGCGUCAACAUGGGCCUGCAGAUGAUCGACGCUAUCAGGUUCGUCCGCGAAGCGACGGGUUUCAACGUGGACAUGCGCAUCGGCAUCCACACCGGCAACGUGCUGUGUGGCGUGCUGGGCCUGCGCAAGUGGCAGUUCGACGUGUGGAGCGAUGACGUCACGCUGGCCAACCACAUGGAGUCCGGUGGCAUUGCUGGGCGAGUCCACAUCACCAAAGCAACGCUGAUGCAGCUGGGUGACAGGUUCGAGGUGGAGCCUGGAGACGGCAUAUCCAGGGAAGGGUAUCUGGCCGACCAUAAAGUGGAGACGUACCUCAUCAUUCCGCCUAAGAAACCAGGAGUCUCCGACAACGGCCGCCUCUCAGUCUGUACUGUAGACCGCAAAGCCAGCAUCGUCUCGUCGAUCUACCAGGACGUGUCGCCGACCAAGCACAAGAGCAGCAUCAGUCCGGCGCCUUCGCAGCACAGCUUCAACGAGCACGAUGCGUUUCCGAAGGUGCUGAGGACGGAGAGCAUGAGGACUACGCCGGGAGAACUCAGUCGCCGUGCCUCAGUGAAGGUGGAUGGUGGGAAGACAGUGGCCUUCGAAGGCAAUCCUGCCACCAGCCCUGGGGAAGGCAUGGGGAACGGCACAGUCGUCACCGUCAAGCCAAAGAGUCGCAGCGGCUCCAUCAUCGGUGCUAUUAGCCCCAUUAUGGGAACAGAAGAUUGUUCUGAUGAAUCAGCGUCACCUUCAACUCCUUCGGAUACGUUACAACCGACACUUUUUCUUAGGAUGCUAAGUACAAUUUCGGUGGAAUCUCUAACUACCCCUGGGGUGCCAAGCAGGUCUCGCCCUUCGAGCAAAAUGACAAAGUAUGUCGAAUGUUGGGGAGCUGACAAGCCUUUCGCCAAUAUCACUGAUUCCACUCUUGCCAAGAAUAUUGGGAUUUCUAGCUUAGCCAUGAUCGAACAAAACUUAUUGCCACAAAGAACAACGUGCUGUGAGUGCAGCACGACCGCGGAAGGCAUGAACCGCGUGACGCUCUGGUUCAAGAACAAGUCUCAAGAACGAGCUUACCGCGCGCAGCCCGACGCACAGUUCAAGUAUAACGUCGCGUGCGCAGCCGCGCUCUUCGCGUUACUGGCUACAUUGCAGUUGCUGACUGUACACAGGGGAAUAGUUCUAUACGCAGCAUUCGGGCCGACCUUCAUCACGCUGAUGGUGUUCGUCUACCUUUCAUGGUACGAUGGCCGCGUGUUCAGAAGAGGGAUGCACCCGCUAUCUGACGUGCCUGAUGACAUAUACGCCGACAACUGUACGAAGCCUGGACAGGUAGUGGCGAGUAAUCGUUUCAUCAGGCUGACAAUGUUCAUUGUAUCGGUCCUACUCAUUGGUGCCUGUGCUGUGAUUAAUUUGUUUCAACCAACAAUGAUCGAAGAAAUACCCAUAUCCUUAAGAAAUGGCUCAGAACAAGUCAACAGCACAUUGAUUAGCGUCACGCCAACGUUGUAUUUUUCUGAAGUGGAUUCAGCUCCUAGCUACCUGUACAGUUCUGUGAUCACGUUGGCGUGUAUUUCGGUAUUUCUGCGCGUGGGCUUCGUUCUCAAGCUGGUGCUUAUGUGCGCGACACUCGCCACUCAUAUCUCGAUGUUCGCUGCUUCGGACCUGUUUGAUCAUUACCACGGCCUGGGAUCGGGCAACGAAUUCUCCAUGGUGCCAUGGGCAGCCCGAGCAGGCUUAGUACUGGUAUUCGUAGCGGCCUUACUGCAUGUCAUGGAUCGCCAGAUCGAGUUCACUUCGCGAACUGACUUCCUGUGGAAAGAUAAGCUCAAGUUCGAACAGGAGGAGGUGGAAACCAUGCGAGGAAUCAACAAGAUUCUUUUAGAAAACAUCUUACCAGCUCACGUAGCGCAACACUUCUUGACUUCAGUCGCUUCAGAGGAGGACUUAUACCACGAGCGUUACUCCAGCAUCGCAGUGAUGUUCGCAUCGAUUCCCAACUACAAGGAGUUCUACGACGAGACCGACGUCAACAAGCAGGGGCUCGAGUGCCUGCGACUGCUCAACGAGAUCAUCUGCGACUUCGACAAGUUGCUCUUGAAACCAAAGUUCAGCUGCAUAGAGAAAAUCAAGACGAUAGGAAGUACUUACAUGAUCGCGUCAGGACUGAGGCCCGGGAAAGAGGAACAAAUUGACGCAAAUCGUAAGGAAGAGCACACAGUAGCCAUUUUAGUGGAGUUUGCGAUCGCGCUAAUGACGAUACUGGAUCAAAUCAACAGGGAAUCCUUCCAGAGGUUCAAACUUAGGAUAGGUCUGAACCAUGGGCCGGUGAUAGCAGGCGUGGUGGGAGCCCAAAAGCCUCAAUACGACAUCUGGGGGAACACCGUCAACGUGGCCUCGCGUAUGGAUUCCACCGGCGUCAUGGGCCGCAUACAGGUCACCGAGGACACCGCCAAAGUCCUUAUGAACGUGGGAUACACCUGCGAGUGCCGCGGUCCCACAUACGUGAAGGGCAAGGGCACGCUCACUACGUACUUCGUGAAGACUCCCAACGUCGGCGGCGCGUGAAAUUAACUGAGAAGAAAUUAUCAGGCGCUAAAAAAAAUAUCAAAAAUCAAAAUUUUCUUUAUUUGUUU